AUGUCUGACGACGAAGGCGCAAGCAACAAUGAACUCUUGGUGGCUGCAUGCAAGCAAGACAACCUGGACAUGCUCGAGACGGUCCUCUCGGCUGACGCCAGCUCCUUCGACGUCAACCACACUGACGGACUCGGCAAUGCGGCACUUCACUAUGCAGCAAGGCAUGGUUCGACAGGAUGCUUGGAGAUCCUGCUCUACUACGAUGGCAUCAACGUUAACGUCAUCAACCGCAUUGAGGGCGAAACCCCUUUGCACAAAGCUGCAGCCUACGAUGACCCAGAGAUUGCCCUCGAGAUGGUCCAGAUCCUCGUCAACGGAGGUGCCAUUACAACGGUUCAAAACAAGUUGAAGCAGAUUCCUGGAGAUAAGGCACCCAGCGACACUCAUGCCGAAGUCAAGGAGUUCCUCGAGAACGCGGCCCUUACAGCCAAGGUUGACUUGCGCGACGUCCCUCCCGAAGACAGCGACUCUGAUGGCAUCGCCAGCGACGAAGACUAG